CCCUGGUCGAAUAACAACGAAUUUUGAUAUUCCAAUUUCAAGCAACCAGAACCACCUUAUAUCUGUAACUUUUCAAAACCAAGAAAAAAUCUUUCUUUUAAAGACACAUGGCUUCUGCUCAUUGGCAAAAGGACACAUUAUGUUUGUAAAGUAAAUUGUCAGCCGGAAACUGAAAUGCCGCGGUGGAAGCUCGUACGGUUUGAGGUGAUGUCUCUCAGUCCCAGCUCAAAUUCUCGGCCCCAAGCCCAACUCCAUGCCUGCACAAUCCGACAUGACUCACUAUUCAAGGCCGUGUGGGACUGGAUUAUACUUGCGCUUGUCAUAUUCACAGCGAUAGAGAUUCCUUUCUCUGUGGCUUUUCUAAUGCCUCUACAAAAAGAUAGAGAAGAGGAGCUAGAAGAAAAAACAAAAGGAGACUGGAGCUUUCUCAAAGUUACCCCGCUGCUCGUCUUUAACCUCUGUGUGGACCUCAUGUUUAUUAUCGACAUUUUCAUUAAUUUUAGGACAACUUUUAUCAAAUUAAACACGGAUGAAGUCAUAAGUAAUCCAAAGCAAAUUGCUCUCCAUUAUUUGAAAACCUGGUUUGUGGUGGAUUUUGUCGCAGCUAUACCUUUUGAAUUCAUGAUCACAACCAAGGUUGAUUCGGCAACAACAUUAUUUGGACUUCUUAAGACCGCACGUCUAUUGCGCCUGGUGAGAGUGGCGCGAAAACUGGACCGCUACUCAGAGUAUGGCUUUGCGGUAGUCAUAUUGCUCACGUGUCUCUUCACCCUAAUCGCCCAUUGGCUGGCGUGUAUCUGGCAUGGUAUUGGCUACUCAGAGAAAAGGAAUGACAUGGGAUGGAUACAAGAGCUAACGAAAAACUUAAACCUGAAUAGUAAUACAACAGGUCCAGAUCUCCAGACUCGCUACAUUACCGCUUUGUACUUUACUCUUAGCAGCCUGACAAGUGUUGGAUUUGGAAAUGUUUCCCCAAACACUGACGCUGAGAAAAUAUUUUCAGUUUGUGUAAUGAUAAUUGGUGCUCUCAUGUACGCCUCCAUAUUUGGUAAUCUCACUGCUAUCAUCCAAAGACUUUACUCGCGUACGUCCCGUUUUCACCGAGAUUUGAGAGUCAUCGAGGACUUUGUCCGCUUUUACAAAAUACCAAAGGCCACCAAAGAGGAGUUGGACGAGUAUUUUAGGCACGAAUGGGCUUAUACUAAAGGUGUUGACAUGGAAACAGUACUCAACCGCUUCCCAGAAUCCCUUCAAGCUGACGUUUGUCUCCAUUUACACAGAAAUUUAUUCACAGAAUGCGGGGCCUUCAAAACCGCUAGCGAAGGCUGUUUGCGGGCUCUUGCGCUGCGGUUCAAGAUUCGACAUUACCUGCCGGGUCAUUUCAUCAUUAAACAAGGGGACGAAGUGAAGCGACUUUACUUCAUAGCCAAAGGGAACAUUGAAGUUGUGAAAUCUGACGAGACCAUGUUAACAUUAGGCAAGGGUGAUGUCAUAAGUUGUGAUUACAGCACGGUACAGAGUAUGUACAUCCCAAAGGCUAACGCCAGUCUUCGAGUUCAAACACACUGUGAAAUUCAUUCUGUUGCCUGGUGCGAGUUAGUUGCAGUUUUAAAGGCUUACUCGUCGUUUCGAGAAGAGUUCAUCACACACCUCGAGUUGGCUUACAAUCUUGGUCACGAAGAAGAGGAAGAUGAAAUUAUCCUUUAUAAUGAAGAGAUAAACCUAGGGUCUCGCAGACUAUCAAACGCCAGAUCAACAUUUUCGUCGCGCUCAGGAGUUGAUAAACUUGAACGAACAGGCUCACCAACUUUUAUGAUAAAUGGCCGAAUAUCUCAACACCAAAAUUCACCUGUUGUCAAUUUACAUUCUCGCCAUCCUGCGGGAGGAAGUGAGCCCAAAAUUCACACUCUUAUGCCAUCAAUCCAUUCCACUCUUCCAUCAUUACACUCGCAUUUAACUUCAACUCGAGAUCACUGUACGCACGGAACAGAACUUAAAGUUCUCGAACAGCGGAUUGAUAAAAUGGAAGCACGGUUGAUAGCUAUGGAAGACCGACUGGCCGCAAAUUUUGAGACAAUUUUAUCUCACUUACGAAGCAACGGCAGUGGUGGCUCCGCACCUGAUCUUAGAGACACAAACGUUUGACGGGCUAAUGAGUGAUGAUUUGGUCACGUGAUCCAUUUACGCAAUUUUCAAGAUCAACGAGGUGCCUUGCUUAUUGCGGUUAUUGGAGCUGUUGUAAAUAAAGUGAAAAUGGCGAUCAUAUCUAGUUGUAUAAAGCUUUAAAAGCUAACGAGAGACAUUUAUCGGGGCGUGAGACAUUUAUCGAGGCAUGUGUACAUUGUAUAAACAAUUCCGCAUGCCACGAGUACAGCCCUUAAAAUUGAGUCAAACAACGUGUCAAUCCAAGGAUGACAAAAAAUAAAUUCAUUUUGUAGCAGGACGUGUAUCCAUAGAAUAAAUUGUUUAAGGAGAAA